GGUUUGAGAAAAACCCAGAUUUGGGUUUGGAAGAGGAAGAAGAAAGGAGAAGAGAGAGAUAGAAAGAAUAAGAAGAAGGAAGAAGGAUGAGCAAGGAAAGGAAAGGAGGAAGAAGAUGAAGUUUGCGAGAGAACCCAGAUCUGGGUUUGCAGAGGCAAGGGAAAAGGAAAGAUCUGUUUCUGUUCUCCUUCUUCAUCACGAACGACGAACGACGAACGCCACACGCCGCACGCCGCAAACGUCUUCCUCAACCUAUCGCCAGUGGGUUGGAGAUUCAGUGAAUGCUUCGCUUCCGUGAUUACCGGCUAGAUUUGCUUCAUCUUCUCCCCAUUUCUGGUAGCUGCCGAACCCUUCUACUUUGGUGAUUACCGGUGAUGAAGGUGGAGGCUGUGAUGAUGAUGAGAUGCUUAGCAAGGGGAUGGUGAAGAUCCGAGGUGAAAGAACGAAGGUGAUGGUGGCGAUGGUGGAUCUGCAGAAGGGAGAAAAAUCAAGUUUUUUUUUUCUA